AUGGCGAGAAGUUGCAGAAGCAGAUGCCUUGUUUGGGAGGAUGUUACAGUGACACUCGCCAAUGGCAAGAAGGAGAAGAAGAACAAGUGCUUGGUGAGUGGGCUUACUGGGCUUGCAGAGUCUCAUCGGAUCAUGGCGGUUAUGGGCCCGUCUGGCUCCGGCAAAUCCACCUUCCUCGACGCUUUAGCCGGCAGGCUCUCACCUCAAGCUUCCAUGGCGGGGAAGGUCCUGCUCAGAGGCGGCAGCCCGCCGCCGGCCGGCGAGUCCUACGUGACACAAGAAGACGUGUUCCUAGGAACCCUGACGGUCAAAGAAACGCUCUACUUCGGCGCCCGCCUCCGGCUGCCGGAGCUCACCACCGCCGAGCUCGACGAAGCCAUCGAUGAAACAUUAACAAAGAUGGGCCUCGAGGAGUGCGCCGACAACACGAUCGGGAACUGGCACCUGAGGGGGAUCAGCGGCGGGGAGAGGCGGCGGCUGAGCAUCGCCGUCGAGAUACUGGCGCAGCCGCAGGUGCUCUGCCUCGACGAGGCAACCACCGGGCUCGACAGCGCCGCCGCGUUCUUCGUCGUGCAGGCGCUCCGCAACGUCGCUCGCCGCGACGGCAAGAUCGUGGUUUGCUCCAUCCACCAGCCCACCGACGACGUGUUCCGGCUGUUCGACGACCUGCUGCUCAUCUCCGCCGGCGAAGCCGUCUAUUUUGGUGAUUCCCAAGGUGCCGUCAAGUUCUUUGCAGAUUCAGGCUUCCCAUGCCCAACUAGAAGAAACCCGCCGGACCAUUUCCUCCGGUGCAUUACUCCGGAGUUCGAUCAAGUCUUUGCUGCCCUAAAGCAGACACAAAGACGAAACUAUGUGCAGGAACUCUCAGCAACAGAUGGGUUAGUGAACUUGACAACAGCAGAGAUCAGAGCAACUCUCGUGGCGAAAUAUAAGGCGUCCAUUUUCCCCGAGAUUGCGAGGAAAAAGAUUCAAGAACUCGCACGUCAGGAGAAACAUGACUAUGAUGAUGAUGAUGGGCAGAGACAAUGCUGGUGGAAGCAAUUCUGCACACUGACACAUCGCUCCAUCCUCAACAUGUCUAGAGACCUCGGAUACUACUGGCUCCGGAUCGUCUUCUACAGCUUGGUGGCACUCAGCACCGGCUCCUUGGAGUUCGACAUUGGAACCUCGAGUGACUCUGUGAUAGCCAGAGGCAAGGUCGUCGCUUUCAUCUAUGGCAUCAUGAUCUUCUUGUCCGUCAGCGGCUUGCCUUUCUUCCUCGACGAAAUCAAGGUCUUCAAGGGCGAGACACUGGCCGGUUAUUAUGGGGAGCCAGCUUACGUGUUGUCCAACUUCCUCUCCUCUUUACCAUUCACCAUAGUCAUAUCCUUGUCCUCAGGAUCCAUAAUCUACAGCCUGGUCAAGUUUCAUCCCGGGUUCUCGCACUUGCUCUACUUCUGCAUCAACCUCUUCUUUUGCAUCUCCGUCUCUGAAGCCUCCGUCUUUGUGACUGCUUCCCUCGUUUCCAAUCCAUUGCCGUCGAUGGGGGCAGCUAUUGGUGUGACCAUGCUCAACCUGAUGCCAUCAAAUGUAUUCAGACCAUUGCCCGAGCUUCCUAAGAUCUUCUGGCGGUACCCUUUGUCCUACAUCAGUUUUGCAGCUUGGGGAACACAAGGGAACCUGAAGAACGACAUGAUUGGACUAGAGUUUGAUGCCGUGGUACCUGGAGAAGCAAAGAUUAAAGGUGAAGCUAUUCUGCAGGAUACUUACGGUAUUGACCUGCAGUACUCAAAGUGGUGGGACGUAGUAGCUCUCUUCUGCUUGCUGCUAUGUUACAGGCUACUCCUAGUCAUCGCACUUCGCUGCAAGCAGAGAAUAUCAUCACCAUUCCGCAGAAUUUACCCCACGAGUGGUCGAUAA